AUGGUGGACGGAGGUGGUGAUGAUGAUGGUGAAGAUGAUGAUGGAGUGAGGUUGGGACUCUGCUUUUUCAACUGGAGCAGGAAAGGCAGUGUAGUGCCUUGGGCCAAGGAUAGUAAUCCUGGACCCGAGGAGGUGGAGGAGCGUCUUAUCGGCGAAGUGGACGGGCUCUACGACGGUCCGCUGAUCUUUGAUAAGGAACCUUCGCGGCCGGAGGAUUUCAUCGUGGACACCAACAAAGUAUGUGACCAACCUUUUGGUGGAGAGAGUGUGCAUGCUAGGGGCGUAGGUCCUGCUCCAAUCCCAGACGAGGAUUUUUCACUUCACAAGUUGGUAGAUGCAAUUAUUUGUAUGCUACAUCCUGAGGUUAAGCAAAGUGCCAUUGACCUGGCAAAAGCAAUGGAAGAUACGAUGGGUGUUUGGGUUGGAAGUAGGCGUCCUAUGUUGCGUGAGUCGGCUAGAGUGGACGUCGGGAUACAUUCAAUCUUCGUGGUCGAUAGGGGAAAAUGUCGGACGAUGAUUGCCAGGGGUACAACUCCG